GUACUCUCGCGCCGUGUUGCUGUUUCCGGAGCUGCGUGAGCCCAUCUCCCUGCUCGCACACUGGGCCCCGGACAUGCCGUUCAGGAAACUGCUCCAGGCUCGCAAGCUGCUGAGGGACACCUGUCUCACCCUCAUAAGGGACUGGGAGGAGAAGCAACACAAGCCGACGAAGACGGAGACGAAAACGGAGGCGGAGGCGGAGGUGCGAAAUGGACAUGCAGCGACACGGGAGACCGGGCCCACGGCCGAAGAACCUGCGUCAACGUCGCCUUCGUACGACAAUGGCGGCGAGGGCGGCGGCGGCGGUGAUGUCGUCAGGAGGGCCCCCGCCGUAGCGCCCGGCAGCUUCCUGGGCCUUAUGUUGUCCGCCCGCGAUAAGCUCACCGGGGAUGCGCUCUCUGACGACCAGGUGGUGUCCCAGGCCCAGACCUUCAUCUUGGCUGGCUACGAAACUACCGCCAACUCCCUCACCUUCGCCGUGUACAACAUCGCCACACACCCGGAAGGUUCCCCCACGGAUGCUGACCUGUCCCGGAUGCCGUACACUGAGGCGGUACUUCACGAGACCAUGCGGCUGUACCCGGCAGCACAUGCCAUCACCCGCGAGGUGACCAACACGCCCACCCAGGUUGGCGGCUACACCAUACCCGCCGACACACAUGUCAUCCUGGGGAUUUACACGGCUCAUCAUGACGAGCGGUUCUGGCCCCGUGCCGAGGAAUUCAUUCCGGAGCGUUUCAUGCCGGACUCCCCUCUCUACCCGGAGGUGUGUCCCCGGGCGCCUCACGCGCACGCACCAUUCGGACACGGCAGCCGCAUGUGCAUCGGGUGGCGGUUUGCCAUGCAGGAAGCCAAGGUGGCAUUGGCGAUGUUGUAUCAGAGACUCAGGUUCGAACUGGAGCCCGGACAAGUGCCGCUGGAGACUGUCUCGGCCUUGACGUUGGCGCCCAAGGACGGGUUGUGGGUACGGCCUGUACCGCGAGUGCACUGUACAAAACAGGAUAAUUGAGUUUGUGAUGGAUUGGGGGAGGGAGAGAUUGUGUACCUGUUAACCGCUGUGCGGGAUAUAGCCAGCACAGAUCAGGUAUGUUACAUAAAAUUCGUUUUCGACAGAGUCAGAGGUAAGGGGCGGCAUGGAACGACAUGGAACAUAAACGAACGCAGGGCCAAGGAGUACGGAUGGUGGAAAGGAUGACGUCAGUUGUGGACGGGGUUGUGAGUACGCGGCCAUUGGAACUGUCAGGAAACGUAAUUGUGAUGUUCGCAGAAUAU